AAUGCGUGCCGGUUUCAGUUCUAGUGUGGGAAAACACCCCAUUAUUAUUGAUUCCACUGAGGAGCUGGGCCUGCUCGCACUUCUCCAAACAGCCCACAGUUUAUACAGGACAGCCGCCCCCAUGGUGGAGGGGCGGUCUGCAGCUUUACACUCUCGUCGUCACGGCAGGCUUUUGUGUACAGACUGCGCCUAGAGCUGCCCGCGGGCAGGACCACCGACUUCAGUGAAGGACACACCAUACAGAACCAAGGUUUCCGUGGUUUUACGUGUGUUUUUAGCAAAAUGCCGAUGGACAGCUUGGAAAUGAACGGAGAUGCUGACAGAAACGGCGAGGCAGAGGUCCCGUUGCGAGGCCGCUUCAGGAGGCCUCAGGACCCUCUGAACAUGAACCACUAUGCUAACAAGAAGAGUGCAGCAGAGAGCAUGCUGGACGUGGCACUGCUGAUGGCAAAUGCCUCACAGCUGAAGGCCGUGCUGGAGCAGGGGCCAGACUUCACCUUCUACGUGCCCCUCAUCACACUCAUCAGCAUCUCUCUUAUCCUUCAAAUUGUGGUUGGUGUACUGCUUAUCUUCAUAGUGAAAUGGAACCUGAAUGAUGAGAGCAUGCACUACAGGCUGAACAUCCUGGAGAACAUCACCACAGCCUUUGUCUUUAUCAUCGUCGUGGUCAACGUCUUCAUCACAGCGUUUGGCGUCCAGCGGCCAAACCCGCGUGGCUGAUCAACUUCUAGGCAACUCCUCAAGCUGAUCAGCUCAGUGAAAGAUGGACCUCAGCUUUACAAAAUGGACAGGGUCAUUAAUUUAUUCACCAAAGUGAACAGCAUGCAAAUGCAUCCAUUUUCUGUAACUCAACCUUCCAGUCCUGAAAAUAUCAACAUGCUCUGAGGAUCAGGUGACAUGUGUGUGUGUGUGAAAGAGAGAGAGAGAGAGAGAUUGUGUAGGUGUGUUUGGUAUGUCACAGGAGUAAUUUCUUUUUACUUUCUUAGGGCAAUUCACUAGUAUUUUACCUCUUUUGAUGCUCAGGUCACUCAUGCCUUUACUCAUAGGACAAACAUAUGAGGAGCAAUACACUGUGCAUCAGUCACAACCAUGUGAAUUUUUCCUGAGACAUAAAAUCACAUUUUAUGUUUUAUUUAGAAGUUCAAUUUAUCUGUAUAUGCCAGAUGAAGCCUACUAUUUGCCUUUUAAAAACCACCACAGCAAAAUCCAAAUAAAAUAAGUGCAUGAGUCAGGAGUCAUCUUGGCCUACAGCUGCUGGAGGCAUUACAUUAAAAACUGCUUUAAAAUGGGAACUAUAUACCGUUUACAGUGUUACAAACCUUAUCCUUUAAAUGAAGUGGACCUUACUUAAUUUUCUUAUUAGUGCUAUGCAAGUCUAUUGUGUACUGUUUGUAUGAUAUACAUGUACGUAUUCAUUAGUGUUACUGAAGUGUUAGUGUAUCUUUAAUUUGAGACUUUUUAAAUCGCUUUUUUAAUACCAAAAACACAACGUUUAUCAAAUGAUAUUGUUCUACACACUGUGAUGAAUAUUCUAAAUGGAAUUUAUAAAUAAAACU